AUGAUGUUUUACACGCAGCUUUUCACCUCCAAGCGCGGGCCUCUAGCCAGGAUCUGGUUAGCAGCCCACUGGGAAAGGAAAAUAUCUAAAGCUCAUGUGUUUGAGUGUAACCUUGAGGCAACUAUCAAAGACAUCAUCUCCCCUAAGAUAGGCCUAAAGAUUGGUUUACGGACAUCCGGACACCUUCUUUUGGGUGUGGUGCGAAUCUACUCCAGGAAAGCCAAAUACCUGCUUGCUGACUGCAGUGAUGCUGUGGUCAAAAUCAGAGUGGCUUUUCGUCCAGGACAGACUGAUCUGCCAGAAGACGAGAUGGAGGCUGGAUUUAAGGCAAUUACACUGCCGGAGGACUUCACUGACUUUGAGUCUCAACUGCCUGAUCCCAGUGCCAUUGAUGUGGUGGAUCACUUCUCACUGAACCAGUGUCGCAUAGAGGACAUUACUCUCAAAGAGGACUUUGGGAACAGACUCUUUACUGUGGAAGACCUUGGAGAGGAGACUCUGUCCCAUCAGGGCGGUGGUACAUUUGACAUGAGUUUCCAUAGUUUUGGGCUGCAUGGCGAUGACUUUGGUGAUGAAGGGACUGGCUUUGACCUAGUUGAUUUUAUUGCACGCUCUACUGAGGAAACAUUACAGGGUUACAUGCUCAGUAGCUCUUUGAAUGCGCUGCCUGCUACGCCACCUCCAACAGCCGUGGAAGCAGCUGUGGAAUUCAAAGAGCCUGCGACACCUCACUCAGCCGCGUCUGAUCGAGAGCCUCUUGUAGACGCAGCAACGCUGAAUGAAACCACUUUGCUGGAGAAUGAGGCAGAGGGUUUCGCUCUUGAUCCAGUUACCGUGACAUCUUCCUCAGGGGGAAAGAAGAGGAAGAGGAAGCUGGUAGUGGACCAGACCAAAGAGCUUUCCAACGAGGCCAUCAGGAGACAACUGUUGGACUGCUCAGAUAUUACAGCCCCCCUGGACAUGGCUCCCCCCACCCGCCGGCUGGCGGAGUGGAAAGAGACCGGAGGAGUAGACAGACUAUUCCAACAGUUCGGCACUCCUGUCAUUAACCCUGCUCUCAUAGAGCUGUUCCCCAGAGACGUGUUUCCAGGGAGACAGAGUGCCGACAGAGCAGAUGAGGAGACUGACCCUGAGGAGAUGAGGGAUCAGCUGAGAGAGAGUGUGAGUGUUAUUGACAGUCAGACUAGUGGGCUGCCUGUAGAGGAGCUGACUCAGCUCCACGAAUCUCUUGCUGCUGACAGAAGUGGAGCAGAGGCAAGCAGCUGCCUGGAGUCCAACUUCGCCCACACAGACUUGCCACAUCUCGGGGACAGAGCCACUGAGGAGAACAAGCAGGAGGUUUCACUUCCAGACCCUCUCUCUGAGGACUCCAUGGUGGUUCAUCCAUCUGGAGUGGAGAGGGAGAUACAGCCAACGCAGACGCAGUCUGUGCUGAACAGUCAGGAAGCUGAAGAGAGGAGAAUGACCAGUCGAGCACACAAUCUCCUUCAGGCUCUUAAAAGACAGAGCAUCACCAGCGAUGACGGGUUCAGCCUGCAGGCUCUUUGUGAGAGGAAUACUCGUCUGUAUGCUGCUACCACAUUCUUCUGCUUCCUGGUGCUGAAGAAACAGCAGGUCUUAGACCUGCAUCAGAAUGCACCGUACGCCAAUAUCAUCGCGACAGCAGGUCCCAGCUUUCACCAGCUCUAG